AAGAUUACUGUUCAUGCAACUGUAAUAACUCUCUCGGGGCCUAGAAAAUAAAUUCUCUCAAUACUAUAACUCUAAAAUGGCGCAAACGAAACAGAAAGAUCUUAAUGUUCGUCGAGAUGAGUGUGUGCGACAGUCCCAAUAAAAAUUCCAAGCUGGACAAAAAAUCCCUGACCCCUUUUAAGAAGGUACGCCGCAAAAACUGGAAGCAGGAGGCGGUCUACAAGAGUGACAUAAGCAAGGGCCAAGAGGUGUCUUAUGUCGGUGAAAGGUUUAUUCCCAAGCGCUUUAAUCGCCAGAAUAUUGAAUUCAAUCUGAAAUACAUUGGCAAGCGGGAAGAGCACGAUAUUCUGGAAACGGGUGAGACUUUAACGGACAGCUACUGGAGACAGAGUGGCUUCAUAGCCAACAUUAACCGAACCUUUGGGAUCCAGGAACGCCGGCUGCUUCAGUUCUACAGCCAGCAAGGAACCCGUUCCAGGGUAGUGGACAGUGAAUCCUCGGACUCGGACUGGCCAUGUCAUCCCCGGGCGCGUCCACAUGCCAUUCAGAAUGCCACCCAUGAAAUGCCCGGAAUAUGCAGUCCCGUCGACUACAACAUGAUGGACUGGUCGUCCGGCGGCAUGGUGGCCAUGUCCUCCGGUCAGGACAUCAUGCUGUGGCGCAACCUGGACGAGAGCACCAUGGUCUUCAGCGUUGAUUCGCCCACUUCCCUCAAGUACUCGCCCGACGGCAAAUAUCUGGCCAUCGGCUGCAUGGAUAGAAACUACCCAGUGCUGGACCUCUGGGAGGUAAGAUCGCCCAUGGAGUUUUUGGUCUCCUAUCGCAAGUUGAUCUUUAAAUCCAUGGGCUACAUAAGUUGCAUCGAGUGGUCACACGACGGCAAGGAGCUCACUUGUGGCACCCAGUGCGGAAUCAUCCUCGUGCUGGCCAUGCCCAAGCUGAGAACUCUGAAGCAGUUCCACGAGCACCGGCACAAGGUUAACAAAAUCAAGUUUGAUCCCACUCGAAAGUAUUUUGCGUCCAGCGAUACGGAUGGCAAGAUUUUUAUCUUCGAUGCCGGACUGAAGGUUCGCCUGCUGAAGCUGGGCGGCCGAUCUAUACUCUUCGACUGGCAUCCCUGGACCGGUGAGGAUUUAGUUGUUGCUGAGCGAAGUCCUGCCUCGAUUUUCAUCUUUAACAUCCCACGGCGGCAAUUUGUGGCCUCGUACAGGCGCAGGGAUGACAGGAUAGUUAUAAAGACAGUCACAUUUAGCAAGAUCACGGGCGAGUUGCUGGUCAACGUUAUUCGGCGUGAUGAUUCGGAUUUUGCAGUUUGCGAAAUAUUAGUGCUGGCCUCCUUAAAUCGAGUGGUUGAUUUGAUGUCCCACCAGGAUCGCGGCACCCUGUUCCUGAUGUGGAACCCAGAUGGAACAAACAUAGCCACUGGCGGCCUGGAUGACACCUUCUCACUGUGGAACUUUUUUCCCACCCACAAACGGAAUGCCAUACUCCGAAAACAGGAGCAAAAGGCCAAGGACAAAUGCAGCUCAUUGAGCCUCUAUAAAGGAAUUCGGUGAACAGUUUACAAUUUGUUUUACUUAAUGUUUAUCAUGUUAUGUGUCUAGUCUUCGAACCAAUUGUGCUUUUCAUUAUUUAUUCAAUUCAUAUUGCUUCCAUAAAAAUUCCAUUGGAUUUAA